GUUUUAUUCAUUGUGCGGAGGUGCGGUUCUUUGAUACGUUACAAGUGUUACGUCAAUGGCAACGGGGUAGUCCAGGCUACCAGCGCGCAGCCAGGAUGAUAUGAGCACGCUUGGCAGACUGAGGAUGUCCUCAAAGAGGAAGUCGCCACCAACGAAGCUAUCGGAGGGCGGGGGCGGUACGGGUACAGUGGCAGGCGCCAACGAGGAGGAGGAGGACACUACCUCGCCGGUGGCCGGUUCCGGUGGCGAGGCAGCCGUCGUCGUCGGUGAGGAGGGUGCCACCACCCCCGUCGACAUUGAGGAGUGCUACUCCCAUCAAAGAGGCGGCGAGUGCGAGUCCUCCGGCUGCUCAUCGCCGGCGACUACCAGCGAGCCGGAUCUACGCGACUCGCCGUCGCCCUCAUUGAAUUCCUUGCGGACGGCCAAGAGACAGAGGCUGUUGUUCCUGUCGAGCCAAGAGACUCUUGCACCAUAUCACCAUCCUCAUCACCAUCAUCAUCACCACCACCACCAUCAUCAUCAUACGAACACAUUGUCGUCGUCGGGCGGUGCACUGGAACCGGCGAGCUCCUCGGAGUGCGGCUCGCCACCCACCCUCCUUUCCGUCGAUCCCUAUUACCCUCAUCAUCCACAUCACAAUAACAACAACAGCGUCACGCAAAACAACAACAACAACAACAACAACAACAACAACGGCAGUGGUACUACCACUGCAGGCAGUAAAAGGUCCAUGGACGACGUUCUUAAAAGACUAACGUGCAAGAUGAAUAGCGAAUCCUUGUCUAUCCAAGACGAUACUACCAAUACCAGGCGGACAUCACCGCCGCUCUCUUCCACGCCAACCGGUCACAAUGCACAUAGUUGCAGUGGAAGCACGACUACCACCGUGGCAAAUAACGUGGCACUCUCACCUCCGGAUUCUGGAAGGAUAUCAAACACGGAGGCGCAAGUAGAUCAGGACGGCGUGGCGGCCCUUCACAGGAUCCUUUGCGCUGAGAGCUUCGCCGAAAAGGAGCGCCGACUAUCGGAGAUGAUCCUGCAGCUGCAGUUGCUUAGGGAACGUCUUGUACAACAGCAGGAUCAAUCGAAGUCGUAUCCCGCUCACAUGACGGUCGACUCGCAGAAGCAAAUCGAGAUGCAGCGGCUGCAAACGGAGCACUUGAAGCGGCAGCAAGAGCACAUCAUGCAGCACAACAUCCAGGAGUUGCAGGCUCAGAUGACAAAGAGCCAGCUGAGCAUGUCGGGGCCGCAAUCACUGAUGUUUCUGCCGUUUCUCGAACAGCUCAGAGGGCUGCCCGUGCAGUCGCCCAUGCCUCCACCGCCAGCCACGUCAACCGCCACUACCGGCAACAAACACAUCAACUCCAUCGCCAAUAUGAUCAGCAGCCAUCGAGAAGGUCCAAGCUGGGCGACCGCGCAUCUCGCUCAGAUGACCACACAAAUGGAGAAGGAAUCGUCGUCGCCGGCGCCGAUUUCAUCUGCGGUAGCGCCAACGGCUCCGCCUCUUCAGGAUCUCGAUGCCCCGCUGAACCUCACCAAGCCGAAAUCGACGUCCUCGGGCGCCACGGCCUCUUCUUCGUCGCCCGGUAGUGACUCGCACUCGACCGGUGCCGGAAGCAGCGGCCAGCAAGAGCAACCAUUAGCGGCGACCGCGCCCAAACUCUUCCCGCCAGGACUGCCGAUACCGCGGAAUUACCUGCCGACGCUUCCUUACGCCGGUCUACCACCGCAUCUCAGCACUCUGUCUUCGCCGAUGGGCAAGGUAAUGGCCAAAGACGAGGCCGGCGGACCGGGAGGAUCCGUGGCGGCCGCUGCGGUCGCGGCUGUGGAAAAGCACUUCGCGAUGCAUGGGCUGUACGGAUUGCCAUCGAAUACAGGUGGGAUGCCACCGUCGGCCCAGACUCAAAGACCGAUCAAGCAUUCUGGCUCUCGGGAGGAACCGCCUCAGGAGGAACAGGAUUUUCUCUCGACGCCUCACAUGUGGCGAGAUCCGGGAUAUAAAGUAGCGGAAGACAUAACGGAAAAAGCUAAAAUGGUGAGGCAGCAGAAAAGGGAGGGUGAGAACAAGCCACAUAUCAAGCGACCUAUGAACGCAUUCAUGGUGUGGGCCAAGGACGAACGUAGAAAGAUCUUGAAAGCCUGCCCAGACAUGCACAACUCGAACAUAUCGAAAAUUCUCGGCGCCCGAUGGAAGUCGAUGUCAAAUUCGGAGAAACAGCCAUAUUACGAGGAACAAUCACGGCUUUCGAAGCUGCACAUGGAAAAGCACCCAGACUAUAGGUACCGACCGCGGCCAAAGCGCACGUGCAUCGUGGACGGUAAAAAGAUGCGUAUCUCCGAGUACAAGUCGCUGAUGCGGCAGCGGCGGCAAGAGAUGCGGCAGUUGUGGUGCCGUGACGGCGGCACUGAGAUGAACUUUUUGUCACCGGUAAGUGCCGAUAUGACUGGCACGCAACAUCAUCCGGGCACGGGCGCCGGUCCGUCGGCGCGACCAUCGGUCUCGCCGCCGGCGACGAUGCUGAACGGUGGUGGCGGUGCUGCCGGCCCAAGUUCGGACCAUCCUUCGUUCUACUAUCCACAGGACAGCCUAUCGCCUACGGACAUGAUGAAUUUCUCACCCGAAAAUUCUGGCUCGAUCGGCGGCUACGACGCGAGUCCACGGCACCACGAUGAGGAUUGAACCGCAGCUCCGGGUCAGCCACUUUGGCCGCCCGGAGCAUCAUCG